AAUGUUCAGAGUGUAAUCAAACCAGCAACAUUAUAAAGUCGAAAGUAUUUUUUUCAUUCAUUUCUGUUUAGUCAGAGGGAAUCAUUUCAGUUCGAAAAAUGCUUCCUUUGCUUUUUUUGUUUUAACUGCGUGUAUUUCAUGACGUGAAUGUGAAGUGAUCUAUUUGAAUAUAAGAUUAAGAUUGAAAACAGAAAAAAACAGUCAGCAAGAGUCAAGAAAAUAUUUGUUGUAAAAAUAAACGUGACUGCAAUACGAUUAGAAAGUAAGAGAGGAAAAAGAAGAAAAGAUACGACGAUUGUAUAAUAUUGUAUCAAAGUGCUGUUUUUCCAAACUUCUCAAUAUGUCGAAAUUUUAAAGCUGACAUUCAAGAAACAAUUUCGUGUUCUUUGUUCAUCGAGUUUGUGAAAAAACUCAAAAGGAAGUUCAUUGAACUUGACGGAGUCACAAAAGCUAUCCUUGGCCAAACUAUUGCAGCAAAUAGCCUAAAACUUAAAAAUAGAAAAGUUUCUUUUAUAUAAAAAUUGCUGCGACGUCUGCUGCAAAUCUUUUAAGUGUAAAAUAUGGAAAUGGCUUCAAGAUUUCAAGAACCACACUUGCCAAUUAAAUUAAUGACAAUAUCGAAUGCAGAAGACGGGCGCCGUAAUUCAAAUCGUCAUCAGGUUCUAUCGGCUGCAGGAUCUCAUUCAAUGUAUGGUGGGAGUAAUGCUGAAGACAAUGAAGACAGCGCAGAGGCAUCAACAUGUGGCAAAAUCCUCAUUUUUCUUUCUUGGGUUCUCGUUUUUCUAACAAUGCCAAUUAGUAUGUUGGUUUGCUUUAAGGUAGUACAAGAGUACGAGCGUGCUGUAAUCUUUCGUCUAGGACGUUUAAUGCAAGGUGGUGCGAAAGGACCAGGAGAAUUUCUUCGAUUCUCGAGUAAAAUUUCCGCUCUAAUUAAUUUCAAUGGUCUAUUCGCAUCCCUCCAGGUUCUGACAAAAGACAGCGUUACAGUAAGCGUAGAUGCUGUCGUGUACUAUCGUGUUAAUAAUGCCACAAUAUCAAUUGCGAAUGUUGAGAAUGCACAUCAUUCGACCCGAUUGUUGGCUCAGACGACUCUCCGUAACACGAUGGGCACACGGCAUUUGCAUGAGAUUCUCAGCGAACGCAUGACAAUCUCUGGAAGUAUGCAGGUGAGUGGACCAUUCACGAUUAAGUUUCCGACCAUGACAGUAAUAAAACAUUUUUUCUUUCUUUUGUAUCGGCGAAAAAUAUCUGAAGCUUUCACUAGACGAGGCAACAGACGCUUGGGGUAUCAAAGUAGAAAGGGUGGAAAUGCUGCUUUAUUAUCCUUUUUCUGUCUCUAUAGCAAGGAUGUCAGAUUGCCAGUACAAUUGCAACGUGCAAUGGCAGCUGAGGCUGAAGCUUCUCGAGAAGCCCGGGCAAAGGUCAUUGCGGCUGAAGGUGAACAAAAAGCUUCGCGUGCUUUAAGGGAGGCAUCUGAAAUCAUCGGCGAUUCGCCAGCAGCUCUGCAGCUUAGAUAUCUUCAGACAUUGAACACAAUCUCGUCAGAAAAGAACUCAACAAUCGUAUUCCCGCUGCCAAUCGAUUUGCUCACUUUUUUUAUGAAGAAAACUGAAGCUUAGUGAGAAUUUAAUCUUAACGAACAUGUUGGAGCGAACAUGCAAAGACAGCUCGAAGAAAUCUUUUCUCGAUAUUGUUUAACAAAAUAAGGUCGUAAACGUCUCUGUUUCUCGAUGUAUUCAUUAAUUCAAUGAAAAAAGGCAAAAAAAAUGUUAUUGUACACAAUUUUCUCUCCACAUUGGACGUUAAGAAAUUCUUCAUGUGAGCACAUUUCUCAAAAUAAAUAAAAAAAAAGAAAAAGAAACCACUGCUGAUCAAAAGCCAUUCAUUGUAAGAAAGAAAGGAAAAAUCAAAAAAAUUUCGUAGAUUUAGAAUAAGAGAAUCAAACGAGAACAAUUAUCUAUUCAUGAUGGGAAUUGAAAUGUUUUGUACUACUAAACUCGAAACGAUAACAACGUUUUCUUCAAUAAUCUUACCCCAAACAUCCACUUAUAUACACAUACACCCCCACACAAAUAAACACAAACAUAUGAGAAAGGAAUGAAAAAUAAUUGAAUCAAUUGUGAAGAUUCACAUUUCGUAAGCGUAAGUCGAUUUUAUCGGAUAAGACACAAAACUCAAAUCGUGAACAGCAACAUGACGACGCUCUACGACGUCACAUAAAAAGUUCCAUCACUGCGGUUGUUUCUCAAUAAAUAAUAUAAAAAAAGAAGCCAAAGAUGGAUCACAACAUUUCAGUUUUCAUUUCCAUUUCUUUAUAUGACGACAGCACUCGUAGGCAGAUUUUGUGUCGUUAAGUUCUCAGAAAAAAAACUUUUUUCUCCUCAUGUUUACUUCAAUUCAAUGCAAUUUCUUUCCUACUGUGAAUCAUUCACGAAACAAAUCGACUUUUAAAAGAACAUCAUAACAAUAUACAUAUGAAGUUUGAAAGAAAAAGGAAGAAGAAAACAUGUAAUUAAGAUAACUAAAUAGCAAGGGAAAAUUCUUUUAGGAUAGGAAAAACAAAAACUUUAAAUAAGACGAUUUCAAAUUUAUCCUCAAGAUGAAGAAAUCUUUUUAAAUAAAAAGUUGAUGAAUCAUGAAAGCACUUAAUGACGAAGACUAGGGCUUUAGAUUGUAAUUCAAGAUACAAAAGCAGGAAUUACUGAUGAUUUAACCAAUCAAACUUCAAUUUUAUCUUUAAAACUUCUAGGUUUAGUCCAAAAAGGUAAAACAAGUUAUUUGCUUCAAAAUUUUACGAUUAUGAAUUAAUGAGAAAUGAAAUAUUAGAAGAAUAAGAGAAAAAUGAAGACAACACUACGUUUGUUCAAAUCAAAUUCGAGAUAUAUUCUAAAAAUGUUGCAAGUAAUAUGGGAACAUCGAAUGAGAAACAAAUCUUAUCUUUUCGCCUCAAAUAUUUGUAGAUUUACAAAUAAGAAAAGAAAUUUUCAUCAAUUCAAAUUAGGAAAAAUGUCGAAGGAAAAGAAAAUUUCUUCUCUUAUCUUUAUCAUCCAGCAUUGAAAUAUUUUCCGUUUUCCUUUUCAAUUCCCAAUCGGCGCAUAACUUUCGUAAUUAUCUAUCUGAGAAUUAAAAAAAAUGAAUAAAUUUUAAAUCAAAUAAAUAAUCUGAAAUUUCUUUCCCACUCUAAGUAAAAAAAAGAAUUAAAACAUUUCUUUGUGAGAAUAAAAGAUAAUUGUAUUUUGUCUCUAAUUGAUGAAGUCUUAAUAAAGUUUGAAUCGAAUGUUUAAAAAAACAUGUUUUCAAUAAUUUAUAAUAUUUUUUGGUUUUUGAUUUUAAAUAACAAGUUUUGAUGCUUGAAAUAUAAAUAUUUAAGUUGAACUCAUAGCAUAGCAUAAUAUAAUUAAUGUACAAAAGCACUAAAAAUAAAAAUUCUUGUUUAAGUUUUAAAAGUUGUUCAUCACUUCCGGCAUUGGCUUUGCUUCUUUAGACAUUCACAAAUAUUUAAGUAACACGUUGUGCCAAUUCAUAAAAAUAUUAAGUUUUUAAUCCUUC